GCCCGGGGCAGCGCUGCCUCCGCCGCCGAGCAGCCGGGGCGCCCCGCCGCCAGCAACGCCCCCGGGGCGGGCGGGAGCAGCGCGGAGGAGCAGCGCCGUGUGGCGGCGGAGGAGGAGGAGGCGGCGGCGGCCGCCGUCGCCGCCGCGGGGAGAGGAGGAGGAGGAAAGUUGGUGCGCCCGGCAGCGGACUGCGGAGAGCCGCCGCCGCCCCGGCCCGGCCCGGAUGUGCCCCCGCCGCCGCCGCCUCCAGCACCGGGAGGGGAAGGACGGAGCGGAGCGCCGCUGGCAGCGGGGAGCCGGCGGCGGGCGGUAGCACCUGGAGGAUCUGCGGACUGACGCCGUGCCCUGCUGGAUCUGUGGGGAUUUUGGUGGUGUGCUGUUUUUUUUUUUUUUUUUUGGCUUUUUUUUUUUUUUUUUGGCUGGUUUUUCUUCUCGUCCUCCUCCUCGGGGGCCGGAGCCGCCCGCCCGCACUGCCCGGGUUCCCCGCUGCGAGAGACCUUAAAGAAGUCCAAAAAGAGCGUCCGGUCAAACGGCAAGGCGCCAGGAUGCUCUGAGGCAGUGCCCCUGGCCCUGAAGAAGAAGAUGGCCGCAGAACUUUACCCUGCCAACACCAAUAUCGCCAACAGCAACGCCGCCGCCGCCGGCAGCAAGAAGCCCGCGCUGCAGCUGCAGCAGAGCGCGCAGCCGCCCCCGCCGCCCCAGCUCCAGAACCUCAAUAACAACAACUUGGAGAGCGCCAGCUGGCAGUCGUGCCACCCCACGCUGCGCGAGAGGAACGCGCUGAUGUUCAAUAACGAGCUCAUGGCUGACGUCCACUUCAUCGUGGGCCCGCCAGGGGCAUCCAAGAAAGUUCCUGCCCAUAAGUACGUGCUGGCAGUGGGCAGCUCCGUCUUCUACGCUAUGUUUUACGGCGAUCUCGCCGAGGUCAAAUCCGAAAUCCAUAUCCCAGAUGUGGAACCCGCAGCCUUUCUAAUCCUAUUAAAAUACAUGUACAGCGAUGAGAUAGACCUGGAAGCCGACACGGUGCUGGCGACGCUCUACGCUGCCAAGAAGUACAUCGUGCCGGCCCUGGCGAAGGCGUGCGUCAACUUUCUGGAGACGAGCUUGGAGGCGAAGAACGCGUGCGUCCUGCUGUCCCAGAGCCGGCUCUUCGAGGAGCCAGAGCUGACGCAGCGCUGCUGGGAGGUGAUCGAUGCUCAGGCCGAGAUGGCGCUCAAGUCGGAAGGGUUCUGCGAGAUCGACCUGCAGACGCUGGAGAUCAUCGUGACGCGGGAGGCCCUCAACACCAAGGAGGUGGUGGUGUUCGAGGCCGUUCUCAACUGGGCGGAGGCCGAGUGCAAGAGGCAGGGGCUGCCGGUGACGCCGCGCAACAAGAGGAACGUGCUGGGGAAAGCGUUGUACUUGGUGCGGAUCCCCACGAUGACUUUGGAAGAGUUCGCCAACGGGGCGGCCCAGUCCGACAUCCUCACGCUGGAGGAGACGCACAACAUAUUCCUGUGGUACACGGCUGCCAACAAACCCAAACUCGAGUUUCCGCUGACAAAAAGGAAAGGACUCGUGCCGCAGCGCUGCCAUCGCUUUCAGUCGUCCGCGUACCGCAGUAACCAGUGGAGGUACCGGGGGCGGUGCGACAGUAUUCAGUUUGCCGUAGACAAACGGAUAUUUAUAGCGGGACUGGGAUUGUAUGGGUCGAGUUGUGGCAAAGCUGAAUACAGCGUCAAAAUUGAACUGAAGCGCUUAGGAGUUGUCCUUGCUCAGAAUCUGACCAAGUUUACCUCCGACGGCUCCAGUAAUACCUUCUCGGUGUGGUUUGAGCACCCGGUGCAGGUUGAGCAGGACACGUUUUACAAUGUAAGUGCCAUUCUGGACGGCAAUGAGCUCAGUUACUUCGGGCAGGAGGGAAUGACUGAAGUGCAGUGCGGGAAAGUGACCUUCCAGUUCCAGUGCUCCUCGGACAGUACCAACGGGACUGGGGUACAAGGAGGACAAAUCCCUGAGCUCAUUUUCUAUGCAUGAUGCAUUUCACCUUGAUUGUAUUCCAGUACUGCAACGCUGCACAUUAAGGGAGUCUUCAAUUUUACUACAAAACUGUACAGCAGUAUGGAAUGUUACGCUACUUACCUAUCUGCUACAUCAGGCUAUACCAAUAAGUGAAGGAAUGCUCUUGAAUUUAAUCUUAUUUUAUUUAUUCAUAAGCUAUUUGACUUAAUUAAGACUGCAGUGAGCAGAAAAAUGUUAAAUUUUGCACAUGCGUGCAUUUAUUUUGUAUAUAGAUAACUAACUCGCAGACUGCAGCUGACUCAACCAGAAUGUUCUAAACUAGAGCAGUUUAUGAAUCGGUGAAAUAUAAAACAUUUCUACUUGCCCUAAA